AUGUGGACUAAAGUUCGUCUGAUUGUUUUUGCUGCCUCUCUGCUUUUUGCUCUUGAAGGUCUCUGUAUUCUAGGAACACUGUAUGUCAGCGUUUCAAUGCAACUCUCUGCCCAGAAAACUAAUGGCACCAGUGAGUAAAAUUAUUUAUGAUCUAAUUACAAAGAACAGUUUGAUGCACUCCGUAACCAGCAUGAGGAGACACUUAGAAAGCUGAAUAGAUUAAAUUACAACACAGGUUGUGCACUUUGUGCCAUUCGCUGGAUUCAUUUUGGAGGAAAGUGUUACUACUUCUCUACAGUCAAGAUGAACUGGACACAGAGUCACGAUUACUGUGUGACUGUAGGAGGACAUCUAGUGAUCAUAAACAGUAAAGCAGAGCAAGAUUUUGUUACCUCUAAUGUUAAAGUAACCAGCUGGAUUGGUCUUAAUGAUUUGGACUCUGAGGGACACUGGGUUUGGGUGAAUAACCAGCCACUUAACAAUUCAGUAGAAUUCUGGAUGAAACAAAACAAUAAAAUCAGUGAGCCUGAUAACUGGACUAAAGUUCAUCCAGAUGGUGAAGACUGCGCUAGUCUGGGGCAUCCACAUGGAGAGACAGAUUACUGGACAGAUGCUUACUGUUUCGAAGAGAAAGGAUUUGUGUGUGAAGCUGCUGCAGCUGUUUAA